AUGGUACGUUCUAAGCAAGACAUCAUCGACAACUGCUCAGCCGAAGCCCCCUUCACUAUCGGUGAUGCUAGAGCGCCUGCAGGGCGUUUUAACGGGACUUUGCCCGAGCCUCGUGCGGGUAUGCCUAACGGUCAUAUGCCACACUCCAAGUGCUUGCCUUGGAAUAACAUGAUGCAGACGGAUGAGAAAACACAUAUCAUGACACUCAGACCCGUCGAUGAACUGAAG